AUGGACGCCAGACCCUCCCGUCCCGCAUGCCCUCUUCCCGGCCUGGGUAACGAGAACCGCGUUCUUCCUGCGCCCAAAGCCAUUCACCAACGCCACAAGUCGACCGGAACCCUGGUCAACAUGUCGACGACAGGUGGCCUCAACGUCGCAGCGAAGCGCACCGCGCUUGGUGACCGCAAUGGUGUCCCGAAACCUUCGGCCGGAACUACUCAGAAUGGUCCGCACCCGACCACCAAGAACAAUGGUACUUCUUCCACAAUGACCAUCGUCAAGGCACAGGAAAGCCAAAGCCAGGCCCCAUCAUUCCUGCGGCCAGCGCAACGUCCUCUUUCCAAGACGGUUGCUCCUUCCGCCUCAAUGAGCCAACUCAGAUCCUACCCCGACGGAACACAAUCCUCCCAGUACAACGUCCGCAGAGACAGCGCGUCGAGCAAGUACGUCUACAACGACAGUCACCCUGUGAAGGUCCAGGAGCAUUUCUUCGCCUGCGAACCGAAGCAGAGAGAGGCCUUCACGGCAACAGCGAACGGGUACAGUGACGUUCAAGCUUGGCAACCCGCAAAUGACCAGAAGCGGGUGGAUCUUGCGAAGCCGGCUGAGGCGCAGAAUACCUACAGACACCUCAAUCCUGUACUUGCGGCUUGGGCAAUGACGCGCGACAGUCUAAACAAUGAACAGUCGCACCAACCCCCGUCCACCAAUCAACAAUAUCACGAGGAUUGCAAGUCCGAAAUAGAGGAGCCUGAGGAGGACUCGGGCCCAGAGACGUGGACGCCUGACGAUCCGGAGCAACGUGCUGCCUAUCGUCGUGCUCAAGAAUACCUUGAUCACAAGCCAACACACGCCUUCACCCGUCCAAAACUCCCCGAGAUCAUUGAGCAGAGCCAUCCUCCUAGCUCCUACCACGCCGAGGACGACGGCAACGACCUUCCUUACCUAGACGCCGUUGAGGAGAUCGUUGAAGAGAUGCCACACAAGGAAAUCCAGUAUCCCGUAUGGGGACCGAAUGAGGGCCCAUUGAUCCCCGUCGCGUCCCUGCCUGAUCCGCCAGUUCACGCGGCAAAGACCACCACAAAGGUCGACGUCAAGAUGGCUGGUCCUCAACCUAGUCACCCUGCUCCGGCUGUGGUUGACGAGCACCCCGAGCUAUCUGACUACGAUGACGACGACUACUACGAAGAUCCGGGAGUAAUGACAGACCACUCGCUGCGAUUCCGUGGCGAAAACACGACAGGCGGUGCUACGACCGUCAUGUUUCCGAAAUUCAAGGCUCAGGACGAGAUCGAGAUCGAGACAGCCAAAGAGAUCGUGGAGAGCAAGCGUACCGAUGAAGAGGUACAGGAAGAUGCCUGGGAUGUCAGCAUGGUUGCCGAGUAUGGUGACGAGAUUUUUCAGUACAUGAAGGAACUCGAGAUGAACCUCCUACCGAACGCCCACUACAUGGAUAUCCAGACCGAGAUUCAGUGGUCGAUGCGAUCCGUCCUCAUGGACUGGGUUGUUCAAGUGCAUACCCGCUUCGGACUUCUACCUGAGACGUUAUUCCUGACCGUCAACUUCAUCGACCGAUUUCUCUCGUACAAGAUCGUCUCGCUUGGAAAGCUGCAGCUCGUUGGCGCCACGGCUAUCUUUGUCGCGGCAAAGUACGAAGAGAUCAACUGUCCCUCGGUGCAAGAGAUCAUCUAUAUGGUAGAUGGCGGCUACACCGUCGAUGAGAUUCUCAAGGCUGAGCGCUUCAUGCUCACCAUGCUCAACUUCGAGCUUGGCUGGCCCGGCCCGAUGAGCUUCCUGAGGCGCAUCAGCAAGGCAGACGACUAUGACCUGGAGGCUCGGACUGUUGCCAAGUACUUCAUUGAGAUGACGAUCAUGGACGAGCGCUUCGUUCCGAGUCCCCCGAGCUACGUCGCCGCCGGAUCUCACUGCCUGUCUCGUCUGGUCUUGGGCAAGGGUGACUGGACUCCUGAGCAUGUCUAUUACUCAGGUUACACCUUCAACCAGCUGAAGCCCUUGGUUGCCAUGAUGCUGGACUGCUGCCGUAUUGCACGCAAGCAUCAUGGUGCCAUCUUCGAGAAAUACUCCGACAAGCGAUACAAGCGAGCCUCCGCUUACGUCGAAACACAGUUGGCAAAGGGCUUCAGCCUAAACUUUGCUCAUCCUGUCGCGUACAAUAUCCCCGUCGACUGGUUCAAGCCCGCGCAGCAACCGUACUCUGCGCCCCAGGGUCUGAAGAUGCCUAUCCCCAUCCAGGGCUAA